GAAAAACUAGGUUUAAUAUCUUGUUGUUGAGUGCAUUGUGGUUUUGAGCUCAUUUCACAUCCUCUGGCCCUCGUUGUCCUCUCCAACCUCUCCCUACCCUCCGAUUCCGUCGUUGCCAUGCUCCCCUCCCGCCUCACCCACGACCUCUUUGCUAAAAUCUUCGCCGCCUACUACCACCCUCAUCCACCUCCGCUCCACCCCCAAUAACAACCCUAAUCUCCACCCCUACCCCUAUGGCUACAGGUACGUCUUCGACCAUGCCGACUCACUUCAUCGACAACCUCCGACGACAUCGUCUAGGACAACGUCUUGGGUCGGCCCCAGACGGCACCGACCACGCCACCCACCUCCACCGACAUUCCUUUGAAGAGGUCAAGAAGGAGUUCGACCUUGUCCCCAUACUUCCAGAAGCUUCCCUUGUUCGCCAGAAGUACACCAAUGAAUAUGAAGUUGUUGUCAACGAACAAAUCAAAUUUUUUAAGGAGUCAAGUGAGGAGGAAAGAGAGCAUGUUGAUAAAUUGAUGGAAUAUCAGCAAGGGAACUUGCUCUGUCUUUUGGAGAAGCUAACAAAUGAGAAGCUUCUUAACUUGCACACUGUUGCCUCAAAGAACAAUGAUGUGUAAUUGACAGAUUUUAUUGAAAGCGAAUUUUUAGAUGAACAGGAUCUUGGAUGAAUCACUCCAGCCCCUGAUGGAUACAAUCUAGCUACAUGGAUGCUUGAGGUUACCACACUAAUUGUUGAAGAGAAACUUGGUGUAGACUUGUUUUGUUUUAAUUUUAAAAUAUAGCUUUACAUUCGUGCAUCUCUUAACAGUGAGCUUGAAGAGAAUUUUGACAUUGGAAUAAUUAUUAGGACUACUUAUGACAGUGUAGUCAAUAGGACUUUAAUAGGUAGUUGAGUGUUGAUUUUUCUCUAAUCAUUGUACCUAGCAGUCUAGGACAAGCCUCUUGACUGUCCAACUCCUCAUUGUAUCAACUCUUAAUCACUAUAAAUAAGAUGAACAUAAGAAGGA